AAUUAUCCUUUUGUUCGUUUCAAAUCCAUUGAUUGUAUCGACUGUUGUAAUCCUUUGCAUUUCAUGUCUUAAACUCAACUACCGAAUAAAAGAAUCCUAAUAAAGGGAUUUCUGUUAUUGUAGAAUGAGUCAAGAAUUUGCCCACGGACAAGGCAACAACAAUGAACACGUCAGUGUUCAUACUGAAGCAUCUAGUUUCACCCCUCCCGUCCAAAAUGAACCCGUCAAUCAACAAAAUGUUGGGAAUAACCCGAAUUCUGGUGGUCAACCCGACCUUGUGAUUCCAACUUUUCUGGCUAAUGUGUUACAACAAAUAGCCAACGCACCAAUGUUUCAACCACCUCCAGCAUCGCCACCCCGUGUGGUAACCUAUAAGACGCUAAGAGAUAACGGUGCCGAGAUAUUCCUUGGAGAUCGUAUCGUGGAACCCCAGAUCGCAUGGGACUGGAUCAAGCAAACCGCUCGAGUGUUGGAGGAUUUGAAUGUGCCAAUUGGUAACUAUCCUAGGCUCGCUUCUCAACUACUCCGCAAGGAAGCCUAUGAAUGGUGGAAGAGAACUAACGAAAUUGCAGAGACCCCAAAACCCUGGACUUGGGCCCAUUUCGAGUGGGCAUUCAAACAAGAAUAUAUUCCCAAACGUUUUUGCGAGGAAAGACGUAAGGAAUUUAUGGAACUGCAACAAGGGGAUAUGACACUACCUGAGAAUCGCCAGAAGUUCACCCGUCUUGCCAAGUUUGCACCAACGUUGGUGAGCACCCCAACGGACCGUAUCGAAGAGUUCAAGAAUAAACUUCGACCUGACCUUAGGUCAAGAGUAUCCAUCUUGACCACAGUGGAUUUCGCGGCUGCUUACGAUAUAAUAGCCAAAGCAGAUAAUGACUUGAGUGCCUGCAAUGAGUAUCUGAAAAUGAACAAUCCAAGUCCUAGUACUCAUCAACCCACUAAUUCUGUUUUGAAAGGAAAAAGGCUUUUCCAAGGAACUAGCAAUUCACAUUUCUCUAAAAAGGGGAAAUCUGUACAAACUCAGUCGAUGACAUCCGUUGAUAAGUCCAGAAAGCGGAGGUAUCCUACAUGCGAACACUGUGGAAGAAAUCACCUGGGAGAAUGCUGGCUUAAACAAGGGUUGUGCCUUGGAUGUGGAAAACCAGGACAUUUCCGAAAGGAGUGCCUUACAAACCCCGGAGAACCAUUUUCACCUGCCCCUGUUGUUAGUCAAGCAGCAUCGGCACGACCCGCACCUAGUCAACGCUCAACAGCGGGGUCUAAUCCAGCCAAGAAUCAGAACCAACAACAAGGACGAGCUCCUGCUCGUACAUAUGCAAUGAAAGCACGAACUGAGGAAAACCCUGACGUUAUUCAGGGUAUGUUUUCCUUAUUUGAUACUGUCAUGCAUGUGUUGAUAGACCCUGGAUCAACGUUGUCUUAUAUCUGUGUACCAAUGCCUGAAAAGCUAACAUAAUGAAAGAACAUUUAGAACAACCUAUACUAGUGUCUAACCCGUUAGGACAUAGUAUGAGGUUAGAUCAUGUGUAUCAAGACUGUCCAUUGAUUGUUGAAGGACAUCAGUUCUCUGUCAAUCUUGUCGAACUACCGUACAAAGAAUUUGACAUCAUCCUCGGAAUGAAUUGGCUCACCGAACACCAAGCAGUUAUCGAUUACCGACGACGAACGAUUCAACUAAAGGCUGGAGAGGGAA